AUGGAUGCUGAAACUCAAAAUAUUUUUCUACUUGGGCUUUUCAUUCUUUUUGGAUGGAUGUUUGUUGUUCUAAUCUGUGCAUCACCUCAGCUGUUCCGUGACUGCAUCAGAAAACGAUGCUGUUGUCGGAACUCCGAUGGAAAGACGCCUGACAAAAUGAAGCGGGCUGAAGCUCGUCGACAAGUCACUCGAGCGUUAGCAGAGCGACCAUCAUCUUUUCUCGUUGGUCAAGCAACAGCUUUAACAAAUAUCCGAAAUGAAGCUUGUACUGAUGUCAACUGUCCUUGUCGAAGAAAUUCUUUUCAUUAUUCAUUAUCUGAUGUAGAAGAAUGUUCUGUUGCUUCAGGAGAUCAGUUUGAAUCUCAAAUAGCCUAA